AUGAAUAUGCAAAUCUUACAGAUCUUCAAGAAACCUCCUUCCAAUACUUCGGUGAGCGCUCUGAAGAAAAACAAGUCAUGUCACAUUGUGCUCUCUGCUAUCCUAGGUUGGCCCAAGGACUGCAGCGAGAUUCCCACUGGCAGACCCAGUGGUGUCUACAUCAUCCAGCCCACGGGACUUCACCCACUUGUGGUGUACUGUGAAAUGAAUGUGACCGACGGGGGCUGGACGGUCAUCCAGAGGAACCGGCAUAACACAGCGAUCACCUGGGCCGAGUCCUGGAGCACCUACAAGUACGGCUUUGGGGACGUGCAGAGUGACUACUGGCUGGGCACGGAGUACAUCUAUCAGAUUGCCAAGCAGAAGGUCUACCAGGCCAAGUUUGUCAUCGAGGAUGCCACAGGCAGCCCCAAGUUCGCAGAUUACAACCUCUUCAGUCUGGAAGAUGAAUCUCAUGGCUACCGGUUGAGACUGGGCUCCUACACCGGGACGGCAGGGGAUGCCAUGACCUCAGAAAAUCCCAAAAAUGUGCACAACAACAUGAAGUUCUCUGCAAAAGAUCGAGAUCAGGACACUUACAGACGGAAUUGUGCCUACAGCUAUGAGGGUGGAUGGUGGUACUCAGCGUGUUAUUCUGUACGGCUGAAUUUCAAGGGUGGCCUGACAUGGGGUAGCCUGUGCACUGGGAGCUGCAAAUCCUCUCUCAUCCUCAUCAAACCAGCUCUUUACCAUUAG